UCAAGCCCGGCGCCGCUAGGGAGGCUGCGGGUUCGCUGGGCCCGCCUGGCCGAGCCAAGCGAGAGAAAUGGUACCCGCCCCGCCGCUCGCCGGUUGAAGAGGGGCCGCCCUGGCCGGGUGGCAUGCCAGCCGCGGCGCGGGGCGCAGGCCAAAAGGGGCGUAUCGUCGUCCCGUUCUGCGGCUGGAUGUCGACUCCGGAGGAUGAGGAGAGGCUCUCGCCGCUCGCCCAGAGAUGGCCACGCGCUAGCAAGUUCCUCCUGUCGGGCUGCGCGGCCACCGUGGCCGAGCUAGCAACCUUUCCCCUUGAUCUCAUAAAAACUCGACUCCAAAUACAAGGAGAAGCUGCCCUUGCUCGGUUGGGAGAUGGUGCAAGAGAGUCUGCUCCCUAUAGGGGCAUGGUGCGCACGGCCCUGGGGAUUGUCCAAGAGGAAGGCUUUCUAAAGCUCUGGCAAGGAGUGACACCUGCCAUUUACAGACACAUAGUGUACUCUGGAGGUCGAAUGGUCACUUAUGAACAUCUCCGUGAAGUUGUGUUUGGCAAAAGUGAAGAUAAGCAUUAUCCCCUUUGGAAGUCAGUGAUUGGAGGGAUGAUGGCUGGUGUUGUUGGCCAAUUUUUAGCCAAUCCAACUGACCUAGUGAAGGUUCAGAUGCAAAUGGAAGGAAAAAGGAAACUUGAAGGAAAACCACUGAGAUUUCGUGGUGUGCAUCACGCAUUUGCAAAAAUCUUAGCUGAAGGAGGAAUACGUGGGCUUUGGGCAGGCUGGGUUCCCAAUAUACAAAGAGCAGCGCUGGUGAAUAUGGGAGAUUUAACCACUUACGACACAGUGAAACACUACUUGGUGUUGAAUACACCACUUGAAGACAAUAUCAUGACUCAUGGCUUAUCAAGUUUAUGUUCCGGACUGGUAGCUUCUAUUCUGGGAACACCCGCUGAUGUCAUCAAAAGCCGAAUAAUGAAUCAACCACGAGAUAAACAAGGAAGGGGCCUUCUGUAUAAAUCAUCAACUGACUGCUUGAUUCAGGCUGUUCAAGGAGAAGGAUUCAUGAGUCUCUAUAAAGGCUUUUUACCAUCUUGGCUGCGAAUGACCCCUUGGUCACUGGUGUUCUGGCUUACUUAUGAAAAAAUCAGAGAGAUGAGUGGAGUCAGUCCAUUUUAAGCCCUUAAAGAUGCAGCCCUUAAAGAUGCAGUGUUCAGUAUCAGUGAAAUGCGAGCAUCUGCAACACACCCCUAUCAUUCCUACCUCUUUAGGAAGACACCCUUCUCCACAGAGACCGUGAUUUAUAGGGGGCAGCACUUUAUUUUUAUCUGGAAACCCAAGUUCUCUUUGACUCCUCUUUUUGUUCAAAAGCAAUCUGAUUGGAUCACACAAGGCCACCCAAUGAGACCCAGCACAGCGUUUUCUAAGGAAGAACCGAAUCCUGACCACUUAACCUUGAACGAAAAGAUUUGACCUUCGAGAUGCUAUUCUAUACUGAAGAGCCUGCUUAGAGGAGAAAGUGCCGGAAGGGACACAGCCUCUCAGACCCGAAGCAGACAAUAGAAAUGUGGAAAAAUACAUACAUACACAGUGACCAAGGAACAUGUUUAACCUGUGGUGUCAGAAUUUAUGACUGAAAUUUGAUAAUUCACUUUUCUGUUGUCGUUCAAGUGGGCAUACUAUAAAUUAAAGGGAGGUGAAUGAAUAUAAACAUUUUGAGAUUUCCCUAGUGUUGAAGGAAGUUGAUGUACCUUUUCUUGCCAGGAGAAUGAAAAAAAAUCAAGUUGAGAUGAUGUUUGGAUCUCAAGGGAAGAAGCUGUUUUCUGCCAAUGCCCUGUGGUUAGUUGAUCUGUGUUCACUGGUUAGCUGUCCGCCACACACGCUAAGCACUUCCCAACAUCCACAGACCGCAUCUUGAUGAAAACAGAAAAGAGUGUUUGCUUUGUGGCAUAUCCCAUUCCAGCUUGAAUUUGUCGCUAGCUCUCAAGAACCUCAAUAUAUGAAAAACGCAGCUUAUUUGAUUAAAGCUCAGGUGGACAGGUCCUUUCAAUAAAGAAACAUCUGUUAUCAUCACCCUCUCAGUGGCAUUUUAAAAGCAAAGCUAAGAUGAAGUCAGCUGACGUACAUCCUUUCUUAACCUCCCCUUCCCUAACACUGGGGGCCCUAGAGAAAGAUAACUCAGAAAUCACACUAAAGCUGUCUCUAGCCUGAGUCUUACUCAAUUUGACAGAGCCUCCUGCCUAAACAGUGAAAAGUAUCAACUGCCUAUGGUGUAUAGUUAUGUCUCCAAUCACUGAAUCACAUCCCUUUUCUUAGAAAGGUGAGAGAUUUCUUCAGAUUCACCUCUGUACCACCUGUUCUCCCAGCCUCAGGCCGUGGGCGUUUCUGGAUGGAUGGCUACAGUUAUGGGUAGAGGCUGUAACUGUCAACAUAGGAAAACUCCAAAAGCUCAGACCCAAGAAAGAGCUUGGAGCUGACCAAACAGGAUUUAUCAUGGGCAUGGAUGGUUUUGAACAAAAAAAAGUUUACAAGUGCUCUGUGGUUGCACUAAUGUAUAAUCACUGCCAUUUAAGAGGAGAAGUAUACUUUAAAAUAUAUUUUAAUGUGAUGUACCAAUAUUCAGUGACUUGUUUUUUUUAAUAGAAUUUACAAAGUGUGGAGUGUAAUGUCUUAAAAUCCUUAGGUGGUCUACUUUUCCAUUGCAUUUGUCAAUCUGUACGAAUUGAGUUGUUAAAUAUAUUUAAAAUAAUAUUAUGUACGUAAGUUCUCAAGUGUUCUG